CGCGCCGCCGCCGUCGCCAUAACGACCGCGGCCGCCAUGAUCCCGCCGCCGGACUCGCUGCUGCGGUACAACCCGCCGGUGCUCGUCAGCCGCCGCGCCGAGAAGCGCUCCCCGGUGGUGAGGGGCGGGGGGGAACGGGGCGGGGGGGGCCCCCCGCGCCCCGCUGUCUCCCCGCAGGCCCGCCCGCUGAAGGCGACCCCCCCGCCGCCGCCCCGCCCGGCAGCCGCCGCCGAGUGCGCUCGGCAGCCGCAGGAGCUCCUGAACGCCAUCCUGCCGCCGCGGGAGUGGGAGGAGGAGAACCAGCGGUGGGUGCAGGAGGUGUCCAGCGCGCCCAGCACCCGCCUGGACGUCGUGCACCUCCAGGAGCAGCUGGACCUGCGGCUGCAGCAGCGGCAGGCGCGGGAGACCGGCCUGUGCCCGGUGCGGCGGGAGCUGUACGGCCAGUGCUUCGAUGAACUGAUCCGUGAAGUUACAAUUAACUGUGCAGAGCGAGGACUGCUGCUGCUUCGAGUCAGGGAUGAAAUCCAAAUGACGAUUGCAGCUUACCAGACACUGUAUGAGAGCAGUGUUGCGUUUGGCAUGCGGAAGGCACUACAAGCUGAGGAAGGAAAAUCUGACAUGGAAAAAAGAAUUGCAGAGCUAGAAGAGGAAAAGCGGGAGCUGGAAAGACAAGUGAGUGAACAGAAAGCUAAGUGUGCAGCUAUUGAAAGACGUGAAAGUGAAAGGCAGCAGAUAGAAGAAAAGAAACACACUGAAGAAGUUCAGUUCCUGAAACGGACAAAUCAACAGCUGAAGGCCCAACUUGAAAGCAUCAUUGCACCAAGUAAGUAGAUGUUUUUGUGGUCCACCAGGCAGUGCUCAGAGAGCAAGAAGUCUACAAUUAGUGACAAAGAUUUGUCUUCAUAAAACAAUCUCGAGUUUUCACUUACCGGUAACUGAAGGCACCGUAAUUGUAUUUCUUUCUUUCUUUUUUCUCUUGAAGAGUUGAAAUUCAAGAGCUUCAUUAAUUACUGCACCCUCUUUCAGUUCUGUCUCAGUAUUCAGCUCCUUGAAUAGUGAACCUGUCUAGGACUUGCUUGUUGGUAAUUUGCUAGAUGACUUUCAAAGCAAUAAACUGAUAAACAUUUUUAUAUGCUAGCAUCUAUAACAUUAUUACUUUGAAAAUGUAGAAAAUUCAGAAGCAAUAUAUGAAGUGUCUACAAUAAACAGAUGUCGUGUUCACUAAGAA